AAGAAACCAUGAUCAUCAUUAUAUUAUCUGUAAGAAACGGUAUCAAUACUAUAAAAAAAAACAGUAGCAUAAUAACACUAGUACACAGAUCUGUAGAACAAGUAGUAGUUUACCUUUCACAGAGUCAUGCCAAAAUAUAAGAGCACUAGACAAAAAUCAUAUAGCAAUGCUUACUAAUGAAAACUAUUACAGUAACAAGUAUUGUUGCAUGAAUAAUAAAAUGAUCGACCCCUAACCUAUAGUAAAGUAUUAACACAUUUUGAAGCAGUAAAUAAGGUCUAAUUUAACAAGACCCAUCCCAAAACAGAGAAAACCUUUCACAAACAUCUACAUCUGCAAGUUUAUAUGUAGUGUAUAUGAUGAGUUCCAUUUAGGUGUUAUCAUAACACAAUUCUUAACACCACCCCAGACCCUAUUAAAUUUCGAACCCUUUUUACAGCCAUGCUUGCUCACCCUUAACAAAAUGUGAUGCAACACAACACUGCAUGAACAUGCAGAAAUGCAUGCUUGGACCGCCCAGGGCUGCCAACAAUACUGAGACUCAAACAUUUAGGACUGUCACUCCACACUUCCGUUUUCUCACGCAUUAACAGUGACCAGUGACUUUUGUGAUAUAAAAACACGGUACCAUGUGAAUAGUUGAGGAACAUGAAGCCUGCACACAAACUACUGUUCGUCCUGUGUCCCAUGCUGGUCUUGGGGUUCAUCUACUACUCUUCUGGAAAGCUCCAUUUGCACGUAUGGGGCCAGAAGCCACAUAAAGAUGUGGAGCCCACAGUAAAAGUCAGUAAAGUCACUAGUGUUUCUGUCAAAACCACUAUGACCAAAGAGCCGGUGGUGGAGGGCCCUGUCUCCGUGGGACGAAUAGUAGGCUCAGGUACAGCCUCACUGCAAAGAGUGCACUCUGGUCAACAUGAGAACCCCAGCAGGCCUGUGUUUGAUAAGCAAGGGUUCUUGCUGAAUCUGGACACAAGGCUGCCUCCGGAGUUGGUGUACAAGUACGGGAACCUCAGCGAAGGAGCCUGCAAACCCGGCUAUGCAGCUGCCAAAAUGAGUGCUAUCUAUCCAAAGUUUAGUAAGCCAGCUUCCAUGUUUCUGGACCGAAACUUUAAGCGACUUGCAAAAGUUACAAACUUUUUACCUCCAUUUGGAUUCAAAACACAAGAAAGAAUCAUAGAUGUUAUAUUAUCUGGCACAAAGAAUUAUGGACUGGGUCCAGAUUUAGAUAGUUUGAGUUGUAAAAGAUGUAUAAUAGUAGGUAAUGGCGGUAUCCUUAGCAACAAGUCUUUAGGAUCCCGCAUCGAUGAAUAUGACGUUGUGAUAAGACUCAACGAGGCCCCAGUGAGUGGUUACACCAGGGAUGUAGGUACUAAGACCACCCUGAGGAUAACCUACCCAGAAGGGGCCAUCCAGAAGACCGAGCGCUAUGAGAAAGAUUCCCUCUUUGUCUUCUCUGCUUUCAAACCUCUUGACUUUAAAUGGUUGAGACAGAUGGUCUUCAAAGAGAAACUGCAAGGAACAGAGGGCUUCUGGAAGUCUGUAGCGCACUCUGUGCCCCGGCAACCCUCAGAGAUACGAAUCCUGAACCCCUACUUCAUACAAGAGGCUGCCUUCCAGUUUAUUGGCCUUCCACAGAACAAUGGCCUCAUGGGUAAAGGGGUAAGCAACAUGCUUGUUGAAUUUUAGUAUUUUCAUAACAUUGUUUACGUUAAGUUAUUAUGAAGUUACUUGAGUUGGUAACUCUUCGAGAAUAACUGUUCAACUGCGGUUUUAUUGAACCAAAAUGUCAGGCAAUGCCUUUAGUCAACCUUAUGUUAAUAGGGGUCACAGGAAGCCUUAGACACGUGUUUCCUCAAUUAGUCUGUAAUUA